AUGACACUUACCAAUUCAGGUGUGCCUCAGGUGCCUGACCGUUACGUUCUUCCGCCAUCUCAAAGGCCAGCUCUUACCUCAAGCAUAAGCACCACAGAGACUUCACUUCCUCUCAUUGAUCUCUCUCUUUUACACCAACCUUUGCUUCGAUCCCGCACCAUCCAUGAGAUAAACAUCGCCUGCAAGGAGUUUGGUUUCUUUCAGGUUAUAAACCAUGGAAUACCAUCAUCGGUGGUUAAAGAUGCCUUAGAUGCAGCAACACAGUUCUUUGACUUACCUGUGGAGGAGAAGAUGCUUCUUGUCUCUGCAGAUAUUCAUAAGCCAGUAAGGUAUGGCACAAGCAUCAACCACUCAACAGACAAAGUUCACUACUGGAGAGAUUUCAUCAAGCAUUACUCUCAUCCUCUACCAAAAUGGAUCGAUAUGUGGCCAUCAAAUCCUCCAUGCUACAAGGACAAGGUGGGUAAAUAUGCAGAGGCAGCACACAUUCUACACCAGCAGUUAAUAGAAGCUAUCUCUGAAAGCUUAGGACUGGAGAAAAGUUACUUACAAGAACAGACUGAAGAAGGGUCACAAGUCAUGGCAGUGAACUGUUAUCCAGCAUGCCCUGAACCUGAAAUGGCCUUGGGAAUGCCACCACACUCAGACUUCGGCUCACUCACCAUCUUACUUCAAAGCAGCCAGGGGCUCCAGAUCAUGGACCGCAACAACAACUGGGUCUGUGUACCGUACAUCGAAGGAGCUUUGAUAGUUCAGCUGGGAGAUCAGGUGGAAGUGAUGAGCAACGGCAUUUACAAGAGUGUGGUUCAUCGUGUGACAGUGAACAAAGAUGUAAAGCGUCUGUCUUUGGCAAGUCUCCACAGUCUACCUCUGCACAAGAGAAUAAGUCCAGCACCUGAGCUACUCAGUGAAAACAACACAGCUGCUUAUGGAGAAUUCAGUUUCAACGAUUUUCUUGACUACGUCUCAGGCAACAACGACUUUAUACAGCAAAGAUUCAUUGAUACACUUAAGAAGAGCAGUUCCUGA